AUGGCAUUGGAGAGUCCCCUUGUAGCGUCGCCGGCAAAUAUGAUGUCUGCCUUUUCUCCCUACACAGACUUCUCCUUGUCACCAAAUUCACAGGGCCAACCCUCGCCACGUUUCCAGUCGCUGUCGGCGCGUAGUUCGGGCGAGAUUAAUAGGCUGCGUCCACAUUCAAACGAUUACGGGCUUUCCCCCAGCAGUGCAAACAUGGCGAGUCCAAGUGACAUGGUGGGACCUUCACCGGUCACCUCAAAUGGAACAGAGACUACAGAGAUUGAAGAUGAAGUGGCAGAAGAGGCAGAGGAUGAGGAAUAUUCUGCCUCGAGCUUAGAGAGCUCGCCAGAGAUACAGCAAGCUGCAAGACUUGAGAGACUUAGUACGGCAUUACCAGAUCGGUUUCGAACGACGGCCGAGGAAGAAUCGGUGUCAGUGAUACAUGCGCCUGAAGGCUAUGGCAAUUUUGCUACACCUAAAGCAAGCAUACCAAUGAUGCCUCCAGUGUCAGAUAGAGCGACUCCAGUACCAUAUCGAUACGACGAAUCAGUUCCAAAUCAGAUGCGGAUGGAUUUACUUGCACCGGGUGAAAAGACCGCAACGCAAACGAGUCCCGUAUCUCCUCCCCCGAUAUCUACAGAUGUUGCGCCCAUCAAAUUUGGCCUCGAUACUGCAACCCCUCGUGCACAGACUCGCUCUGAAAUAGAAGCUUUGACUGGAAAACGAGGCGGUCGGUCCAGCAGCGCAAAUAGUCUCGAAGGUUCGUCUACUACUUCCAGGGGUCCAUCGCGUUUCUCAUGGUUUGCAGGUAUUCCAGAGGAUCAGCAGGAGACUGAAGACGAAUUUGAUGCCAAUACCGUACAUACUUCGGACGAGGAAAUCAACGCCCUCAAAACUGCACUACAUGAGUGUUGGACGCUAUGUAACACACUUGCAAGUCUAAGCUCAAUACAUCGAGAACGAAUUUUUAGCUAUUCUGGAACGGGUGAUGCGCAUGAGAAAGCGUGGAAGGCAUGUUGGAAAUUGUGUCAGAAAUUAUACGACAGCCGAGAUGAAGAUCAUGAGACGCAUGUUCGGCCCACGCUGGAUCUUUGUCGAGACUUUUGUCAAGCAUUGUUUGACGUUCGACAGCGAAAAGACGAAAUUGCGGAUUCAGUCCUACGAGUGAGUUUUGAAUUAUGUAAUCAUCUCUACAAUACCCACGACAGAUCUCUUCCGGAAGCAUUCCGAGAGAGGACACUGGACUUUUAUAUUACGUUGUGUCAUCGAUUGAUGAAGCAGCGGAAUGAGUUGGCUGAAGAGACGGAUGCUCUGUUACGAGCGUGCUGGUCACUAGCUGAGAUGCUAUUCAGUCUUCGUCAGAAUAAACGAGAUGGAAAAGCAGCGGAUGAGGAGCUGCUUGGAUCUGCAGUCCAGGCAUGUUGGGAAUUGUGUGAUUUAUUCCGAGAAGGAUGGACCCAAGUCCGACCAGAAAGAGGUACACCGCGGCCUUCACAAACCACAUUUGCCCAGAUUUCCGACCAGAUGAGUCGAUCAUCUAACAGUCGGUCAUCACAUACGAAAAGUCACAGUAUGGCGAGUUUGAAUGGACGAAGCCCAGAAUCGUCAAAACACAGUUUCCCGAAAUAUCAGGAACCGGAAACACCGACUACACAGUUUGAAGUUGAAGAGGAUCCGCUUUCACCAGAAGAGGAUGAUUCUCCCAACGUUCCAAACAUUCUAGUACUAGGCACCGAAGGUAGUCGAGGAUCCAACGCCCGAUGGUCGAGUGCUCAAUCCUCCCUCUCAGGCUACUCCCAAGGAAGUCAAAAAUCAUCUAGCACCAUCACCUCGACCAACACCGAAGACGUCAACCUCACGCGUCUCAAAAUCCUCAUCCUCAAAGCCGCCAUGAACGUCGGAUUCGCACGGCCCACACCGACCUCUAAUCCAUCGAAAAACGACCCACCAGCCCUCCAAAAUUUCGUAAAAGCGCUGCAACCCGGCUCCUUUGGUUCGCUGCCCGCCCACACGCAACUCCUCACCGCGUAUCGUAACCUCGUGCUCGGCGACCCGACGUUCAGGAAUGCGAAUACGUUGCCGGCGAUGGGCCGUAAGGCGAAUGCGGUGGAUGUGGCGAAGAGUGUUGGGUGGAUGAUUAAUAGUGGACGGUAUGAGUUUCUUAAGGAUUUGUACAGGUUGGUUUUUGGCUUUCAUAUUGAGGAGGCGGGGGCGAGGAAGAAUGUUAGUAUUACUGUUUGA